AUGAAGACUGCAGCGCACGCCUUGAGCCCUGACUCCCAGCCAGAGACUCAGCAUCAGACAAGAAAGAAUGAGGAGGCAGCUCCAGGCUCACCGACGCCCAGGGCGGGGAGGGAGGGCAGAAAGGGCCCCGCCUCAAUCCUGAGACGAAGCUCACAGGAGCGCUGUGGCCGUGGGGAUGAGCCGUGGAGGACCACGAGGCACGUGCGGUUCCGAGAGCCCCUGGAGGUGGCCGUCCACUACAUCGCCUGCAGGGAGCCCACCGCCGCUGCCCAGCCGCCCAGCCGGCCACGGCCCCGUGGCAGCUCCCUGCUUCUGUGGCUGACGACCUGCAUCCUGCUGGCGCUGGUGCUGGGCGUGUGCUGCGGCCAGGCCGGGCCCGUGGCCGGGGCCCUGGAGGACAUCCGGGCCCGGCUCCUCGCCGCCCUCCUGCGCCUGCGGCUGGCUGCCCUGGACUGCUGGCGCUGCCUGCUGCAGCUCUGA